AUGGCGGACAACAAACCUCCUACUCCAUUGCCCCCUCGAGUGCAAGCCAAGCCGAAGUCAAAGAUUUCUGCAUCUCGAAAACUUUCCUUGAAGAUCCUUUUGCUCCAAAGAGCCAUGGAGGAGUUGGAACAGGAGAAGAUCAGUCGUGAUGAGGAGAAGGUGAAAUAUCUGAGCGAUAAGCUUCCACCUCUUCAGAUAACCGGCCUUUCAAUGGAGGAGUUGCAGAAACUAUGUCGACAACUCCAUGCCAAAAUCGAUGUAGUGGAUGAGGAGAGAUACGACUUUGAGGCCAAAGUGAAUAAAAACAACAGAGAUAUCCAUGAGCUGAAGCUGAAGGUGCAAGAUUUAGGAGGGAAGUUUAAGAAACCUGCCCUGAGGAAGGUGCGUGUGUCUGCGGAUGAGAUGAUGAGAGCGCUGCUGGGCUCCAAACACAAGGGCUCCAUGGACCUCAGAGCCAACCUCAAAUCUGUGAAGAAAGAAGACAUUAAACAAGAGAAGGUUAUAUCGACGGAGGUGGGCGACUGGCGUAAGAACGUCGAGGCCAUGUCUGGUAUGGAGGGCAGGAAGAAGAUGUUUGAUGCUGCUGGAGGAGGACAGUAAUAGAAGUGCAUAUAAUAGUCUGUAUAAUUGUGAAUAUGUAUGUGUGCAGAUGUUAUUAGUGACAGGUAAAAUCAAAAUGAAGAAAAUUGCCUGAAGUGAACAAUAUGCAUGAAUACAAAUCUCUAAAGAAAGCGUGUAAUGAAUAUGGAAAUGUUAAAUGUUACGUCACUGUAUACUAUUUACCCUCUUAAGGUUAAUAAAAAUUCGAUUGUGCUAAAAUCGCGCAGUUCAUUAUGACAACAGACUGUCGUGAUAUUUUUAACACACACUGGAUGGAUAGAGCUUCACAACCUCAUGUGAUUGACAGUUUGGGUUCUUCUUACAGUACAUAUCAGGGAGGUGAGGUCACGUUUAGAUUAUUCACACUGUGUGACUGACUGUGUGUUUGUGCUCAAGGACAAGACAAGUCAGUGUCUCCGGCAGUGAUUUUUUUGGUCAACACCUGUCUGAGGGUGACAAAAGAGACGAGUAAUGCGGCCUGGUUUGGCAGGCACACUGUAUGAACAAUGGUGUGGAUGUACUGUAGUGGAGAAUGACAUGGAACAGAAAACUUCCAAAGUACUCUUAAUAUUUCUGCAGUACAUAGUGUGCUAUGGACAGUUUGUAUUUAUUUAUCAAUAUAUAUUUUUUUUGACUCAUUAUUGUAUGAUUGGACUGUGCAAAGGGUUUAUAUAUUUAUAGAUAUUUUACAUACAACUGGAUUAAAAAUGCAAAAUAUCUUCUUUUUUUUUUGUCUCAAAAGAUUUGAGUUGACUAC